AUGGGUAAUCGUCAGCAGCCAAAAAGAAGAGUGGCAUUUUUGUUGAUUGAUGGUGUGGGUGAUGUGUCAAUACCAAAGUUUGGAUUUAAGACUCCUCUUCAGGCGGCCAAAGUACCCAAUUUGGAUGCCAUUGCAUCCGCUGGAGUUAAUGGUUUAAUGGACCCUGUUGAAGUUGGUUUGGGUUGUGGAAGUGACACAGCUCACCUUUCUCUACUGGGUUAUGACCCUAGGGUAUAUUACCGCGGCCGAGGCGCAUUUGAGUCCAUGGGUGCUGGAUUGGCCAUGUCACCUGGUGAUAUUGCAUUUAAGUCUAAUUUUGCAACCUUGGAUGAAAAAACUGGAAUAGUCAUCAGUAGGAGGGCUGACAGACACUUUGAAGAAGAAGGCCCCAUACUGUGUGCAGCACUUGAUGGAAUGAAGCUGCCAUCUUUUCCUGAAUAUGAAGUCAGAGUCAGGUAUGCAACAGAACAUAGAUGUGGAGUGGUUGUUAAAGGACCAAAUCUAAGUGGAAAUAUAUCAGGAACAGACCCGUUGAAGGACAACCGUUUACUUUUGCAAGCUGAAGCUCUAGAUGGCACCGAUGAGGCGAGGCACACAGCUAAAGUUGUUAAUGAGUUAUCCAAGGAAAUAUCACGUAUUCUCGUUGCUCAUCCACUGAAUGCAAAACGAGCUGCUGAAGGGAAGAACAUAGCUAAUCUUGUCCUUUUACGAGGAUGUGGUAUUCGAAUUGAGGUUCCUCCAUUUGAAAAGAAACAUGGGUUAUGGCCUUGUAUGGUAGCUCCCACAAAAAUCAUUGCUGGGCUGGGCCUAUCUCUUGGCAUUGAUAUCCUAGAAGCUCCUGGAGCAACAGGAGACUAUCGAACACUUCUAACUUCCAAAGCAACUGCAAUAGCUAAAGCACUUUCAGCUCCAAUGCAGUCUUGCCCCAAUGUGUUUGUACCAGGGGAAGAUGAGCACAAACCAGGUCGAUCGGAUGGCUAUGAUUUUGGGUUCCUUCAUGUUAAGGCUAUAGAUGAUGCAGGUCACGACAAGGCAACCAUCUUCAAAGUCAAAGCAUUAGAAGCUGUAGAUCGAGCUAUAGGGCAGCUGUCCAGGCUCCUUUGGGAGAGUGAGUCAACAGGAAAUUUCAAGUACUUCCUUUGUGUCACUGGAGACCACUCUACCCCAGUUGAAUAUGGAGACCACAGCUUUGAGCCAGUUCCAUUCACAAUAUGUCCGUUGAAAGAUUUUGUGGAUGCGGUAGGCGUGGAAACCAUCUUGGGAGGUUCUCUUGAUCCAUUUCCUCUUCCAACUGUAAAAGAUGGUGAACAUCUAGCAGAAGAUGUGAAGAUUGAACAAGGGGAGAGAAGCAAACAGCCUCGAGCUUUCAGCGGUGAUUCAGUUUAUGAGUUCAAUGAGAUUGCAGCAGCAAGGGGAUGCCUUGGGCGCUUUCCUGGUGGGGAGAUGAUGGGUGUAAUAAAGAACUUCCUUAAGCUAGAUGCAUGA